AUGUCCUUCUUGCCUUGUAUCCGUAUCAUCGGGUCCUCCCCCCAUGACCUUAAAACCGAACUUAUGCAUGCGGUCGAACACGCUGGAUUCUCUACGCACCUCGAAACGAGUCACUGCAAACCCGAGCAAGUGGAAAGCGACGGUGAGGUAUUCACUCUGUGCGUGGAUAGUGCUGAUAAUGAUACGUGCUCAAAAUCGACCUUUCAUUAUGAAUGUCGCUAUAUAUGGGGAGAACGGAGCAGUACACAGGAAUGUGUUGAGUUUUUGAAGGACUUCAUUGAAGUUGCCUGGGGGGGAAAUGUCGGUAAAGCGGCUUCACCGGAUGCUCUUGACAGGCCAUAUGGUCGCUUCAUCAGCACGCGCGGCCACAGUGUCAGCUCCACAUUCACCACUGUCAUCCUGGAGGGCCUUGCAAAGGAUGGGGGUCUUUAUCUUCCAACACGCCUCUUAACCAUGUCGCCCUCACAGAUUGAUUAUUUCUGCCUGUCCCCUGGGCUGCGCUACAUCGAAGCCGCGCCGAUAAUUAUGGAACGGCUUGUGGACAAGACCAUUAGCCCCGCAGUCCUUCGCUCUCUGAUUAUACGAGCAUACGAUCCCUGCCGCUGGUGUGACAAACAGGAUAUCUGCCCAGUGACACCUUUGUUGGGGGAAAUGCCAGGUAUCAAGGCGGCUGCGCACACUCCGAAUUGGAUGCAGGAUAUUUCCGUCAUGGAACUUUACCAUGGACCCACCGGUGCCUUCAAGGACUUUGCCUUACAGCUUUUUCCGCUCUACUUCAACGCGGCUGCAGAUGGGAAGUGCAAGGAUGUUCACACAGGCACCGAUGUCAAGCUGCAGGAGGUCAAGAAGGAGGAAUCCGAAUAUGAGAAAAGAGAUGCCUAUCUAAUCCUGACCGCCACCUCUGGCGAUACUGGCGUCUCUUCAAUUUGCGGGUUUGUUAAUGCGUGUGGGCGAAGCAAAGUGAUGGUUCUCUACCCGCUCUAUGGGGUCUCGCCUGUUCAACGGUUGCAUAUGCUUUCCUACGACAACGGCACAAGUGUACGUGUUUUGGGCAUUGACACAAAUUUUGAUUUCUGUCAAAAAUCAGCCAAAGCUGUUUUUCUGGACUCUGAAUUGAUGCAGAAGUUUGGUGCACUCAAUCCACCGUUGAAACUAUCCUCUGCGAACAGUAUCAACUGGGGUCGCUUCAUUCCACAGGUGGUGUAUUAUUGCUGGGCGUAUCGCCACUACGUGCAUCACGGUGCUGAACUCAUAACGAGCGGCCGGGCCUGGAGCUACGGCGAUCCCAUCGACAUCGUUGUACCGUGCGGUAAUUUUGGAAAUAUUCUUUCCGGGUACUACGCGAAACUGAUGGGGUUCCCUAUUCGGAAGCUCAUUGUCGCUUCUAACCUAAACGACGUGCUUUAUGAGUUUAUCAAAACAGGAUGCUAUGACAUUCGCACGCGCCGGCUCGAACCGUCCGCAUCGCCUUCGAUUGACAUCCUAAAGGCUUCAAACGUGGAGCGGCUUUUAUUCGUCCUAAGCGACGGUGACACAGCCCUUGUGGAAUCGGCAAUGAUGCAGCUAGACACUCAGCGUUACUUCCAGAUCAGCGACGAUUUGCGAAGGCGCAUGUCAGAAACCUUCGAAGCUUACCGGUGCGAUGAGCAGGAUUGCGGGGCAAUUAUCAAGGAGGUCUUUGAGGCCUCCGGAGGUCAACGGCUGCCUGACUCCCACACAGCCAUCGCGAUGUACGCAGCCAAGGUCUUUCGGGAGGAGCAACUUCGUGGUUACCACCUUGACUCCCACCAGGGCAUUCCACCGCUGGUUGUCCUUGGCACGGCGCACUGGUCGAAAUUCCCGGAAGCGGUCCUGCACGCCAUCAGAGGAGAAAAGAUGACUAUCACCCCCCCCUCUUCAUAUCCAGAGGAGUCCAUUAAGCAGGUAUGGGACCUGUACAAACAAAUACUUGAGAUGUGCCCCACCGAAGAGACACCGAACGCAGGGGAUUGGAUACAGAAAGUGCAUCCCGCGCUUGCCGCUGCCCUUAAGCUAUCGGAGGCCAAGAUCAACAAGCCCCGUAGUUUGCCUGUCGACAUUGAGGCUGUAAAGGAAGAAGUGGUUCAAUUUUCUACGGUAUAA